AUGUCAUUCUUCGGAUCGUCCUCCGCCGCCCCGGCCAAACCCGCCGAAGAUGUCAAGUCCGCCAUCGUGCGCCAGCUGCAACAGGAAGCCGCCAUGGCCAACGCCCGCGCUCUGAUCGGAAAAAUCAACGAGCACUGCUUCGAUGCCUGUAUCCCCGCGCCCGGCUCGACCCUCUCCUCCAAGGAGAGCACCUGCCUGUCUAGCUGUAUGGAGAAGUACAUCGCCAUGUGGAACGUCACCAGCCGCACCUACAUCGCCCGCGUCGGGCAAGAAAGCAAGCGUCUGGGCGGCCAAGAUGCUGCUGCCUUUGCGGCUAUGGCGACUGGAGCGUCGGAGGGGAGCAGCGGAGGGCUGAGCUGA